AUCGACGACGAGCUUCGUUCUUACGCUGCGAAGUCAACGCCCACCAAGCUCACCAUGCCAGCCCUCAAUCGGAGUCUCUUCAGAUUCCUCGCUCAAUCCCUCCAAACACAUCACCGCUUCCUCGCCGGUCGCAUCACCCGCCCGGAGGAGACUCCGAUCUACGUCAUCGGCAACCCGUCGGCGGACGUGGACUCGAUCAUCUCCGCGCUGGUGUAUGCCUACUUCGCCCAUCCACGCCCUCACGUUCCCCUCAUCAAUCUCCCCGACGUCCCCUCCGGGCCCGAGCUGCGACGUCUCCGCCCGGAAUUCCUCGAAGCCCUGCACCUGGCCACGCACCCCGCGGCCCCGACCGAGCAACCAUGGGAGAUUGAGGCGGACACGACCGCGGACCUCCUCCGCAGCCACCUGCUCACCGUCGCCGACUUCGCCGCCCACCUCGCCCACUCCAAUGCUGCUGAUACCCUACCCCAUGUCGACGCCGUCCUGGUCGACUGGAACGCGCUGCCCAACCGCUCCCCCUCCCAAAAGGGCCGAGGCACGCUUCCCGGUCUCGAGGCGAUCACCUUCAACGUCGUCGGCUGCAUCGACCACCACGUCGACGAGGACUUCCUGCCGCCCAUCGCGGCCGACCAGCCGUUCCUCAUCCAGCCCACGGGCUCCUGUGUCUCCCUGGUAGUGAGCAUGUUAGAGCGAAUGGGCCGGUGGACGCCGCACCCUCUUUCCUCCUCCUCCUCCUCCCCCACCACCACCCCAUCCCCCAAGAACCCAACCGCCGACACCAGCCCGGAGGAACUAACCACCGCCGCCGCCCACGAGCACCAACUCUCCAAGCUCGCCCUAGCACCCAUCCUCAUCGACACAGCCAACUUCACCGCGAAGGAGAAAGUCACCGACGCCGACACGCUAUCCUACAGCUUCCUCCGGGCGAAGAUCAACAGCACAAACUGCCAGCAACAGCUCGGGUCCAUCGCCGUGGGCAUCUCCUCCGGCGAGAAGCUGUGGGACCACCACGCGUUCUACCGGCGGAUUGCGACGGCCAAGGAAAACAGUCUGGAGCUGUUGACCGUGCCCGAGGUGCUGGGGAGGGAUUACAAGGAGUGGGUGGAGGUUCCUUCUUCUGUUUCCUCCUCUUCUGUUGCCGAUGGCAGCAGUAAGGAUGGGGAUGACAACGCAGCAAUCAAGAUCGGAAUCUGCUCGGUCGUCAAGUCGCUGCCCUGGGUGAUCCGGAAGGCCGACAACGCCUCGCCUGAUCGGUUUCUGGACGAGCUGGUCGCGUUUGCACGCCACCGCGGCCUGGAUAUCGUCGUGCUGAUGACCGCGUUUGCGGGGCCGGCGGCUUCUGCUUCUGCUUCUGCGUCUCCCUCGUCUCCGGCAAAGUCAACGGGGAAAAAAGGACGGUUCCACCGCGAGAUUCUCGUCGGUGUGCCCUCCUCCUCCUCUUCCUCCUUCUCACGCAGGGCCACCGCCAUCGCUGCGGCGGAGGCAUUCGUGCAGCGAGGCCGGAAGGAGCUGGGGCUGGAAAAGUGGCGGGCGCUGCUGGACGAGGACGAGGCGGUCGUGCAGAUGUGGUUGGACUGCAUGGAGCACGACGACAGCCACGAACACGAAAAAAUGUGGAAGGGGGUGUGGGUGCAGGGCGAUGUGACCAAGAGUCGGAAGCAGGUUGCUCCGUUGGUUAGGGAGGCGGUCCUUGCUGUCUGACGCAGUCAUUAUUGCUAUCGCUCUCGCUGUGCGUGGUUGGUGGAAUUGGUGGUUUUGGUGCGUUUCUUGCGGUGUAUAUAUCCCCUGCAUUUAAACAGAUCUAUAGUAUUGUAUAGCAUAGUAGUAUUAUAUAGGAAUAGUACAGCAUAGGAUAGUAUCGAACAGGACAGUCCAGUAUAGUAUAG